GAAAGUAGCAGGAACAGAGAAAGAAAUAGAGACCUAAUCAGAGGGGGAAGAGAGAACAGGUGUGAAAGAGUGAAUGAGCUAGUUAGAGCAGAUGUAGAACAGCUGAGGAAUGAGAGACAGAGAAGGUAACCUAAAAAGACCAGCAGAGAGAGAGAGUGAAGAGAAAGGACAGGAACAGACAUAACAAGACAUGACACCAUGUCUGAACCUGUUAUUCAAUGCUUUUCUAUGGGCUAAUAGCAGUAAGGCCAAAUUCAAUGUUUCAUCAAAAAAACGUUUUUUAUACUUAAUGGGGAACUAAAAUUCAAAAUGAAAUAACUAAAUGAUUCUUGGUAUGACCAUCUUAAAACAUUUUCACAUAUUAGCUUAGUGGAAUAGAAUAGAUUUUAAAGCAGAUUUAAGUCAAAACUGUAACUUGGCCAUUCAGGAACAUUCAAUGUCUUCUUGGUUAGCAACACACAUUUAGAUUUGGCCCUGUGUUGUAGGUUAUUGUCUUGCUGAAAGGGAAAUUUCUCUCCCAGUGUCUGGUGUAAAGCAGACUGAACCAGGUUUUCCUCUAGGAUUUUGCCUGUGCUUAGCUUCAUCACAUUUAUUUAUCCUGAAAAGCUCCACCAGUAUUUGACAAUGUCAAGCCGACCCAUACCAUGAUGCAGCCACCACUAUGCUUGAAAAUAAUGAGCCAGUUUCUCAGUGAUGUGUUGUGUUGUGUUGUGUUGGAUUUACCCCAAACAUAAGGCUUUGCAUUUAGGCCAGAAAGUGCAUUUCUUUGCCAUGUUUUUUUCUUCAGUAUUACUUUAGUGCCUUGUUGUAUACAAUAUGCAUGUUUUGGAAUAUUUUUAUUCUGUAUAUUUGUAUUCUUCUUUUCACUCUAUCAGUUAAGUAAUUAUUGUGGAGUCACUACUAUGUUGUUGACCCAUCCUACGUUUCCUCCCAUCACAGCCAUUUUAAAGUCACCCCUGAGUAGUUUCAUUCCUGUCCUGCAGCUUAGUUCAGAAGGACGACUAUAUCUUUGAUGUGUCCGGGUGGUUUAAUACAUAAUCCACAGCAUAACUAUUAACAGUGAAUGUCUGAUUUGUUAUUGUUACCCAUCUACCAAUCGCUACCCUUCUUUGUGAGGCUUUUGAAAAGCUCCCUGGUCUUUGUAGUUGUAUCUGUGCUUGAAAUUCAAUACUUGUCUGAGGGACCUUACAGAUGUUGAAUGUAAGUGGGACAGAGGAAGGGUUAGUCAUUCAAAAAUCAUGUCAACCUCUACUUUUUCACACAGAGUGUGUCAAUGUAACUUAUGUGAUUUGUUAAGCCAUUUCUUUUAAAUCCUGAACUAAUUUAGGCUUGCCUGAACAAAGGGGCUAAACACUUUUGUAACGACUAUAUUUUAGUUAUCACAUUUUGAGUAGAUUGUUGAAAAAAAUAAUAACAAUGUAAUACCAUUUUGUAGCACCAUAAAAUAUGAAGAAAUCCAAGGGGUAUCUGUAAUUGACAAAUGAAAAUGAGAUUAAAGGUCGUCGUGGGUGGGGGUUGUACAGGGGGAUGUGGGUAGACAGGCCUCGGUGUAUAAAGGAGCUUGUCUGAAUCAUAAGUCACUUUACCAAACCCCACCACAACUUUACUCUUCACAUCUCACCACCACAAAUCAUGAAGACAUCUCUGGUCCUCCUUACCCUCAGCCUACUGGCUUGUUCAGUUUGGGACGUCUGUGGACAAUGCCAAGAGGUUAACCUUGAUGACCAGGAAGUAGUGGAAGCACUGCCAGAAAAGCACAUGGUGCAACAGUUAAAGGGAACAUGCUGGAUGUGUAUGUGGGCACUGAACAAAGUGAAGAAACACAUCUCCUCUUCCUCUAGCGAGGUGCAGAUAAAGCAGAAGCUAUUGUCUGUUUGCCAUAAAUUGGGCCUCCUUAAAUCUCUGUGUAAAGGCAUGGUGAAAAAGCACUUGUGGGUGUUGGUUGAGGAGCUUAGCACCAGCGAUGACGUGAGGACCAUCUGCAUUAACAUUAAGGCCUGCAAACCAAAAUACAUUUUGGAUCUGAGCUACUGACCAAGCAGCCAGUAUCCAGAUUCCAAAGUGAGAAGAUGGAUGUUCAGGUGUCAAGACAAUGCUAUGCUACCAGCCUCUUGCCUUUUCUCAAAUGCGUCACGACACAAGAAUGAUAUGUUAUUGGAAUGAUUAUAUGUUCUGAAAUAAUGUUUUUGGAACAUUAUUAUAAUAGUGUAUAGUCAUUCUUAAAUUGCAGAACAUUUUUUAUAAUGUAAUUUUUUGUUCACUUUUUGCUAUUUUAGUAUAAAAUAUUAUUCUCUGA